GUUUUUCUGAAUAGCGACAUUGUUAUCAGGUGCGUACUACCAACGUAAAUGUAUCGUAGACAGCAGUUUGACAGACUGAAUCCCCGAAAUGUCCUUCCUAGUAGACAUACUCUGUUUAUUAGAGGGCUACCAGGGUCUACGGAUGUAGCCAAAGUGAAAGACUUUUUUAGUAAUGAAACGAAUUCCAGGUGCUCGGUGGAGUUUUUUUCUACCUCAGAAGAUAAGAAAAGAUUUUCAGUUGCCAUACGGUUCAAAUCUCAUGAGAUCGCAAGCGAAAUGUUACGUCGACAUAAUGGUAAAACUAUGUUCGGUUACCCUGUGGAACUCACUUGGUUCAAGGAUCUGAAAAAGGCUAGAGCAAAGAUGUUUGAAGAACAACGGCAAGCCAGGCGAUUUCCUCAAAACAAUCGUGGUUUCCGUGGUCCGGAGAGGAGGAGUAUACAGUCUCCUGGAAACUACGGUGACAACCGACGUAUACGAACUGGUUCAUCUUCUUCGGGUGGUCGAGGUUAUAGAGACAAUGGAAGGGACCGUAGGAGCAUUGACCGCAGGAGUUUGGACCGUCGAAGUGUGGACCGCAGAAGUACAGACGGCAGGAGUAUAGAUCGUCAAAGUACGGAUCGUAGGAGCGUUGGUCGCCACAGCACAGACCGAAGAACUGUAUCAAGAAGCCGGUCGUUUACCGGAUCGUCAUCCAGAAGCGCUAGCAGAUCAGCUGCGUCCCGAUCUAGAUCAGCGUCUCAUGCAAGACAUUCCUUGCCAUCAAAUCCUGGUGAUUCAAUGAAUGCCAGCGAAUCUGAAUUUAAUGGUCGUAACUACGAUGACCGACGUAUUUCCCGCAAUCGAUCUCGUCAUUCACGUGACCCGAGUAGCAGUAGUAGUCGAUCAUCAGAAGAAGGAAGACGCCAAAGUUCGUCUAAUCACCACUCAGAAAGUCGAAAUAAUGCACGAUAUGGUCAAAGUGGAGGUGAAAACUCAUCUCCAGAUUAUCAAGCACGCAAAAACCAGCGACUUUCAAGGUCACCUUCAAUGAACGAAGAAAACCUUGCCUUUUCGAAUGCUCCUGCACCUAAUCCUGAAGGCGGAUCUUCACUGGUAAGUGGACUUAUACAACUAAGACGCCGUGGUCAGCAGGGUUUUGAACAGUCCCCUGUACGAGGCGGCAGUUUUUCCAGGAGAAACCGUAACUCGUCAGAAAACUCAUCAUCAGGCGCUUCGGUCGACAGUUCCACCGGUGCUUUCGAAUCUCCGAGAAAUCACGCCGGGCGUAAACGGGUGCACUCAAUUUCACCACCCUACAAUGAUGUCUCUAAUCGUAACACAAAGACCAAAGCUGAGGCGGCUUCAAAUAGCGACGAGAAGGGUCAAUCUGUUAUUGAACCUCAGAAAAGAAGGAAGGUGAAGAAUACUCGUUCACCAGCCAACAAUACGGUGGAAUCCCUUCGUGAACGCCCAAAUACACGCAGCAAGGCGCAACGAGCAAGUCUUCGAAAAACAGAUGUGGAGAGUUCAGCAACAAUGCGUCAGGCAAAUGCCAGUCGUAAACAUCGAUCAAGUGCUGAGAAGUCAAGUCAAAAAUCUUCAACCAAAGAUUCUUCUCCAGCACCUGACAAAACUACUUCAAAGAGUGGGCACAAUUCACGACGUUCUGAGACUACUCGUUCUCCACUUUCUACCUUCUCAUCAAAAACAGCCAAGCGAUGGCGCACUCCAGAGGAUGAGGUCAGUGAUGAUCAACCUCGAAAAGGGGAAAAGUGGCCGGUGACUACAAAUAAGACAGGGAAGACCAAAGGCAAAUCUUCUAUUCCACCUGCAAAUAAUUCUAGUGAUAAUGAUCAUUUUGAUGCUUCAAAAAUCGGUGGUAAUCAGUUGACUUCUUCGGGAGGAAAGGAUACUAAAACAACGGAAUCUUUGAUGCCUAUACCUGUAACGUCCAACUCUACGUCAUCAAAUGAUAAUACUGGAUCAGCUGCCGUCGUUUCUGGUACAGCAACUGUCACUAACAAGGAGCUAGGAUCCGGCGAUAGACCUGAUGAUAUCGUGAAUUUGAUCCGCGAUCGUAAAGAUGCAUUGGCAGAGGACUAUAAACGGGACUGCGAGGCAUUCACAACAGUUGUACGCAUGCUAAUAAGGUAAUUUUGAUUUCUGUGUGUAUUUUGUCAUGUUUCUUUCAUCUAAAUCUAAUAUGAAUCUGUGCUUUGGCAAUUUUAGCAUUACUUGGCAAUAUUCUCUGCCUACGGAUAAGGGCUGAUUUCUUACCCUCAGAGUGUGGAACAGUGAAUUGAUUUAUAAAUAAUGGAUCUGUUAAUGUGAAUACUUACGUUAGAUGCCAGCCAAUAUGUCCGAGACUUAUACGAUGUCUAACUAUUAACGGACCAUAAACUGGUUGAGUAAUUUAAAUGUACACUCAAGUUUAUUUCAGCUGCAACUACGCCUACGAAUCCAGUUGGCGUUUGCUCUUGUGUAGAAUGUUUUGAUUGGUCAGACAAUUAUUGAUUGGGUGCUAACUGUCAUCCUUGUUCGUGUUUUAUCGAACCUGGCAAAAUGUAUAUUUUACCUCGAUCGGGUGAUGAUUUUCACAUUCUAUUCGUGUUGCUCGUUCUGAUGCUGCAAUUAUUGAAUUGUCGCCAUCCACUAUCUACUUUAUGCAUUAAUCGUUUUAUUCUAAUGUCAAUGUGUAAAACUACUGAAAGUAAGUGGCCACAUUUCUAUUUUUUAUUUUUCAUUUCACAGUAGCUGUCUCUUCCUUCGUCUGUGUAUCGUUUAUUCCCAUAGCGCCAUACCUAUCAGACUUAUUGAGAAGUUCAUGUACCCAAAUACUGUGGUUGUUAUCAAACCCUAUAGUGUAUCAUCGAGUUGCAACACUGCUCACUUUUCACUCGUAAUAAUGCUUUAUGGUAUUCCCAGCACAUUUCUCAAAAACCUUAGUGUUCGAUGAAAUGUAACAUACGUGUCUGCAUCUGAUAACUUCAAAUCGAGAAAUAAUAUGCCAUAUUCCACAAGAAUGCUGCAUCUUGAUUACUUCCGCAACUUGUAAUUUACCAAAGAAUCAACAAACUACUCUAUUUAUUUGAUUAGAGAUGCCGUUAAACGAAGUACGUCGUAGCAUAUACUUCAUCUUUUUCUUGUGCUAUGGAAAUGAUGAUUGCAAUGUACAGAGGCAACCCAAACUCUCACAUGCGUAUGAUUUCUGUAAGAAAUUGAACUGCGUUCAGUCUCCUAAGUUGAUGAAGGUAAAUCUUCGAUCUUCACAAUUAAGAAUCGUUUGGUUUCUUGGACAUAAGUAUUCCUAAGACUCAGAUUUACGCAUACUAUUCUUUCAGUACUUCCAGUUUGUUUUCUGCUCGUUGUGUUUCUGAUCCGUCCAGUAACCUACCUCAUAUACAAUGAACUUCUCUGUGCAGUCUACCGUUCGAAUUUUUCUACUACAAGUUCGUUUACUUAUGUUAACUUUAAAUUUGUUUCUUCUAGUCAUUGAUUAUAAUGGUAAGCCGGUUAGAUAAGUCAUUGUUUGAAAUUUAACCUUCGAUACAAGAAAUCCUCUUGUUUCUGAGGAAUAUGCUAACUUUACUACUCACUUUUGUUUCCAGCAAAGAUCAAGAUCUUGAAAGCCGUCUCAUGCCGAUGCUGAAAGAAAUCCUACAUGAAAGAGGACAGCGGUGCAUAGAAGAUUUACGGGCAUUCAUUUCGGAUCACCAACCGAAUGAAUCAGGAGUGGAUGAAACAGGAGAAAAAAAAUAUGACUAGUUCUGAAAUAACUUAUUUUCCUGAAAUUUGUGUAUAUCAGUUACCUUUUGUAUUCUCACAGCAUUUAGCUAAACCUAUUUCUCCUGAUGUCAGUCAAUAAAGAGGUGUUAUUCAACUGGAAUGGAAAAAUUUAACAGUUAUGAUCUUGUUAAUAGUAAACUCGUUUGUUGCAAUAAAUCCAUUCACUUUAAUCAUUAUUCUGUUUUGUCACUGUGAAGCGAGAAUCAGAAAUGAAACAUCGUUUUUAAAAAUAUUUGUUUACUAACUCAUCCAUAUGUGAUACCUUUACAAGUCCAUUGUGGAAUUGUAACUUAUUUACAUUCAGGGCUGCUGUUUCUGUUGAUCUAUGUAAAGGUUUUCUAACGAUGCAGAUACUUCGUCCAUGAAAGGGAUCGCUGCCGAAUCGUACCACUUCUUAUUUUCAGGACUUCCUGUAUAAAAGAGAAACAAUGGCUCACUGCAUUGCUUCCAAAAGUUUUUUUUUUGUGUAAUUGUUAGAACUUACGUGUUGGUACUUUCCUGAUCCUGUCAGAUGCAUGUUCUACUCUAGACGCUGAUUCUAGCUGAAUGUUCCACUUGGGUUCCACUUGAUUUUCGUUUAUUAUACUAGAAUAAGCCCCUUUCUUUUCUCCCUACGAAUGAAAAUAAAAAGUCCUGCUUUCAUGAAGUUGACAUUAG